UUAUUGUAUUAAAACGUGAAGGUGAAUGGUGGACAGGAAAAAUUGGCGAUCGUAUAGGAACAUUUCCCAAUAAUUAUGUCCAAAAAGUUGAUAAUCCAUUACAAGAAACAGCUACUGCAAUAGCACCAUUUCAUACAAAUGACGAAGGCCGAUUAUCAUUUGAACAAGGACAAAUAAUUUAUAUAAGAAAAAAAGGUGAUAAAGGAUGGUAUCAAGGAGAAAUUCGGGGUACGGAUCAGCCAGUACGUGUUGGUUGGUUUCCAGCAAAUUGUGUACAAUUACAAAAUCUUUCAUCACCUUCAACACCAAUCGCUUCAUAUCAAAAUACAUCAGAAAAUCUUCGUUAUAUCAGUAUUUUUGCAUAUGAAGCUCAGCAAGAUGAUGAAUUAAGUUUUCCUGCUGAUGCAAUUUUAGAAAUAUUAGAUCAAGCAGGUAAUACUGGUUGGUUUAAAGCACGAUAUGGUGAUCAGAUUGGUUUGAUUCCAUCAACGUAUGUAAAACCAAUCGACGAAACUAAUUCAUGUAAGUUUUAA